CUAUGCCGCGGUUGUCACGGGCUCCGCGUGUCCACGAGCACGCGUAUCCUCUACACGCUCCUGCAUAUCCUGGCCUCUGCCGUGUGCUGCCUCCUGCUGUCCCGCACCGUGGGCCAUGCCAUCGCUGAGAAGGUGAUGGUGCCCUUCUCUGUGGCAGUGUGCCAACACCUGUCUGGGGGCACAGACUGCGAGCGGCUGGUGGGCUCCUCAGCUGUGUAUCGGAUCUGUUUUGGCACUGCCUGCUUCCACCUGGCACAGGCUGCUCUGCUGCUCAACGUGCGCUCCAGUUCUGACUGCCGUGCACAGCUCCACAAUGGGUUCUGGCUCCUGAAGCUGCUGACACUGGUGGGGCUCUGGACUGCCAGUUUCUUCAUCCCUGAGGAGAACUUCAUCCGAGCUUGGCACUACACGGGUGUCUGCGGCGGCUUCUGCUUCAUCCUCAUCCAGCUGGUGCUGAUCACUGCCUUCGCGCACACCUGGAACAAGAACUGGCUGACGGGUGCUGCACAGGACAAGCGCUGGUACCUGGCUGUGCUGCUGGUCACGGCUGCCUUCUACACCCUCGCCUCCACCGCCUUUUUCUUCCUCUACAAGUUCUACACCCACCCAGCCGCCUGCCUCCUCAAUAAGAUGCUACUUGCUGUCAACGGCAGCCUUUGCGGCAUCAUGUCCUUCAUCUCCAUCACACCCUGCGUGCUGCUCAAGCAGCCGCGGUCUGGGCUGCUGCAAUCUUCAAUCAUCAGCUGCUAUGUGAUGUACCUCACCUUCUCUGCACUGUCUAGCCGUCCCCCGGAGAGAGUGCUCUACAAGGGGCAGAACCUGACUGUGUGCUUCCCGGGGCUCCGGCAGGACGAGCUACAGAAGGAGGACACCAGUGUGGCUGUGCUGGGUGCUGCCAUCAUGUAUGCCUGCGUGCUUUUUGCAUGCAAUGAAGCCUCCUACCUCGCUGAGAUCUUCGGGCCCCUCUGGAUGGUCAAAGUCUACAAAUUUGAGUUUAAAAACCCCUCCUGUUGCUUCUGCUGCCCUGAGAAGAUGGAGGAGGAGCUGAGAGGCACAGGCAGGGUGGGUGCAGAACAGGCAGAGCUUGCGUCCCAGUCCGGGGAUGCCAGCAAGGUGGGAGUGCAGAAGCCGCCAUGCCCCCACGCUGUCCCGGGCACCAAACAGACGUGUGAGCAAGUAGAGGAGAGCACCAGGAUGCAGUUCAUUGUCCAGGAUGAGCAGGAACGGGUGGCCUACAGCUACUCCGCCUUCCACUUUGUCUUCUUCCUUGCCUCACUCUAUGUCAUGAUGACCCUCACCAACUGGUUCAGCUAUGAGGACGCGGAGCUGGAGACCACCUUCACGCAUGGCAGCUGGUCGACCUUCUGGGUGAAGGUGUCCUCGUGCUGGGCCUGUGUCCUGCUCUACCUGUGGCUGCUGCUGAGCCCCUUCUGCCUCCACAGCUCCUCCCAGAACCAGCGCAGCAGCACAGGGCUGCGCAUCGUGCGGCGACGACGUGCCCCGCAGCGCAUCAGUGUCUCCACAUAG